CUGGAAGAAGAGAAAGAUAUAAAAAAGAUCUUUGUACUGGAAGCCGGAGACCGGAGAGAUAUAAAAACAAGACAAAGGCCUUUGAGACUUGAGAGUAAAUUCCUCGCUAACGCUAAUCCUUUCCUCAUCAUUCUCGCCCAUUUUCGUUUCAUCCCUGCCGCCACCUUGUCUUCUCCUCUCUCUCUCUCUCUCUCUCUCUCUCUCUCUCAUGUCUUUUGCGAAGCGAGUCACACAAUAUAUGUUAGUUUGUUAGUUAGAGGGAUAAGUAGAUAAAGAAGGAGAACGACCUGGUUAGUUUAUUAGUUACAGAGAGCCAAGCAUAAGUGGUAGAAGAAGAAGAAGAAGAAGAAGAAGAACACAACAAGGUCUUUCUUCUUAGUGUUAGGGAGACUAGAGAAGAGGGUCUGUUUGUUCGUGUAUUCAUUAUUAACCGGAAAAUAAUGAAAUACGUGCUGGUCACCGGCGGCGUCGUCAGCGGUCUUGGAAAAGGGGUGACGGCCAGUAGCAUUGGAGUGGUACUCAAGGCCUGUGGGCUUCGCGUUACUUCCAUAAAGAUAGAUCCGUACCUGAACACUGAUGCAGGGACGAUGUCUCCCUUUGAGCAUGGAGAAGUAUUUGUCUUAGAUGAUGGUGGUGAGGUGGACCUGGAUCUCGGUAACUAUGAGCGGUUCCUAGAUAUCAAGUUGACCCGUGACAACAAUAUCACCACUGGGAAGAUUUACCGGUCAGUUAUCGACAAGGAAAGGAAGGGAGAUUACCUAGGAAAAACUGUCCAGGUUGUUCCUCACAUUACAGAUGCUAUCCAAGAGUGGAUUGAGCGUGUAGCAAUGAUACCUGUGGAUGGAAAAGAAGGUCCAGCUGAUGUAUGUGUCAUUGAAUUGGGUGGAACUAUAGGUGAUAUUGAAUCCAUGCCAUUUAUUGAGGCCUUGGGUCAAUUUUCAUAUCGUGUAGGACCUGGAAACUUCUGCCUUGUUCAUGUCAGUCUUGUACCUGUCUUGAAUGUUGUUGGUGAACAGAAAACAAAGCCAACCCAGCAUAGUGUUCGGGGACUCAGAGGAUUGGGUUUGACACCAAAUAUCUUAGCUUGUCGCAGCACAAAGGCACUGGAUGAAAAUGUGAAACAAAAACUCUCUCAGUUUUGCCAUGUCCCGGCUGCAAACAUUGUCACUCUUUAUGAUGUUUCAAACAUUUGGCACAUCCCUUUGCUAUUAAGAAAUCAGAAGGCACAUAAAGCAAUUCUGAAAGCACUAAACCUUCCAUGUGUUGAUAGGGAUCCUGAUUUGAAGGAAUGGACUGCAAGGGCUGAGCUUUGUGACAUGUUGCAUGAGCCUGUCAGAAUUGCCAUGGUUGGAAAAUAUACUGGACUUUCAGAUUCCUACCUUUCUGUACUGAAGGCUCUUCUGCAUGCUUCUAUUGUAUGCCAUAGGAAACUGAUAGUAGAAUGGGUUCCGGCUGCUGACCUUGAAGAUGCAACUGCAAAGGAGUCUCCUGAUGUGUACAAAGCUGCAUGGAAUUUGUUGAAGGGUGCAGAUGGUGUUCUAGUUCCUGGUGGUUUUGGUGACCGAGGUGUGCAAGGAAAAAUUCUUGCAGCAAAGUAUGCCAGGGAGAAUAGAAUUCCUUUCUUUGGUAUUUGUCUAGGAAUGCAAAUUGCUGUCAUUGAGUUUGCACGAUCUGUUCUUGGUUUGCAAGAUGCAAACAGCACUGAGUUUGACCCUGCAACUGCAAAUCCUUGUGUAAUAUUCAUGCCAGAGGGUUCAAAAACUCAUAUGGGAGCGACUAUGCGGCUUGGAUCAAGGAGGACGUACUUCCAGGUUAUUGAUUGUAAAUCAGCGAAGUUAUAUGGCAAUGUGAGUUCUGUUGAUGAGAGACAUCGACAUAGAUAUGAGGUCAAUCCUGAUAUGGUUCCGCAGCUUGAAAAUUCUGGUCUCUUGUUUGUUGGCAAAGAUGAGACUGGUCAACGCAUGGAGAUUGUUGAACUGCCUGGUCAUCCAUACUUCAUUGGUGUUCAGUUUCAUCCUGAGUUCAAGUCAAGACCUGGGAAACCUUCUGCACUGUUUUUAGGACUUGUAUUGGCAGCAUGCGGCCAGUUGGAACCUUUCUUGCAGAAUUCUGUCCGUGUUAACAAGGUAACAAUGGUGAAGAAUUCGGUAAGCAAUGGGCCAUCGCCAGGGAAAGUCCAUCAAAAAGGAAACGGGAAUGCAAUCAAGGCUGCAAAUGGCUUAUUAAACGGUGUGUACAGCAAUGGUAACGGGGUGCACUUCUAGAGGAAGGAGGUGAUACUUUUUGGGCAGGGUUCUUUUUAUUUUUUUGAGGACUUGUUUUGUGCUCGCGGGGAAGAUCUGUACAGUUGUGGACUACCGGUAGAGGUUUUGGGCUCUUGGAGUAUGGGACAGUGCUGGUGCUGGAGUCCGGGCUCUUUUUAACCGCCUGUUGUACUUUCCAGUUUCCAGUGCAGUGGAGGAAACGGGUUGCUGUUUACUGAUGUGUAAUUCCUUUUACCUCCCCAUGGAGCUAAGUUUCUCAGUUUUGCAAUGAUUUUGCCGUCCCUGUAAAUGGAAAAAGUACCUUGAUAUGUUGGAUGGUUUUUAUUUUUUGUUGAGAAGUAAGAACUCUGUUAUCUUCCUUUUCUGUUUAAUGGUAAGUAUUUUUUUCCAUGAAAAAAGCACCUUGAUAUGAAGAGGACAUUAGAGCAUCAGAAAUGUUGAAUUUCUGAUUUUUUUUUUUUUAAUAAAGACCUUUUCUUCAUUGUAAUAAGUUCUUUUUUUGGGAUUCA